AUGAGCGGACCUGGCGGACGGCCCUUACAGUACAAGAAGGAUCUUGAGAACUACCCCGGCAAUACAUACCGAUCGUUUGCCGAUCUCAUCAAACUCGAGAAGAUCGAUGAACGAACAUAUCGAUCGAUAGCACCUCCCUUCGCACCUGGAGGACCUGUUGGUGUGGGGAGAUCAUAUGGAGCACAUGUCUAUUGUCAGGCAGCAUGGGCUGCUGGUCAGACUGUAGACAAGGGGUUUCUCUUACAUAACGUUUCCGGUAACUUCAUCCUCGCCGGCCAACUAUCCCUCCCCUUCGUCUACAAAGUCCACACAAUCCGCAACGGCCGAUCCUACGCCACCCGCAUCGUCAACGUAACCCAGUCCGAAAACGCAGGCAUCUGCUUCACCUGCAUAUGUUCCUUCAAGACCCCAGAACCACGACAGAUUGAGACACAGGAGUCUCUUGACCUCUAUGAACACUACUCUUCCGUCCUCAACGGCCAGCCACCUUCCGUCCACCCAGAGUGCCCGGGGACGGACUUGCCAUUCUACUGGGAGCGCCGUGCUCGAACGGGAAUCAACGAUGCUUUCCCCGGGCUGGAAUGUCGUAAAGUCGAUAUGACGGCUUACAAUAAGGACAAACAUCCUCUUGAUCGAAGGCAACUCAUCUUCUACCGCACGAUCGGCGACAUGCCCAACGAUCCUAACUUCCACCUCUGCGCACAUCUCUACGCCUCGGAUCGCAACUCCCUCUACAUCGUCUCGAACCAUUUAGACCUAGGGGAUAACUUCACACAAAUGUCCUCCCUCGUCCACACCGUUGUAUUCCACUCUCCGAGCGAGGACCUGAUGUUCGGGCCUCCGUCGACCACCUCGUCACCCAUGGACGAGUCCUCGGGGAAAUGGUUCUGCAUGGAAGCAUGGGGAAGUCGUGUGGGUAGUGGAAGGACACUGUACCAGUGUAGAAUUUGGGACUCGCAAGGACGGCAUAGUUUGACGGCCAUGCAGGAUGGGCUGUUGCGUUUCGUGACUGGGAAUGAAGUUACGGAGGAGAAUGGGACUUUGCUUGAGGAAGUGAAGGGGAGGUGGAAGGAGAAGCUGUGA